AUGCAGGACCUCAUCGACCAUCUACCUAAACUUCCUGAAAUUCAGCAGCAAAAGCUCACUAUUCCUGAAUUCGAUGAAAUAGAAGUGAAACCAACUGACUCAGUAGAAAUAAAGAAGUUCAUACGAAAGGUAAACUAUGAGUUUCUAGGAUUUCAUUGCAACCACAAAGUCAUGGACAAAGACUGCGAUAUGGUAUAUAAGAACAUCUCUGACAUAUAUAAAUCUGGGGAGUUUAAGACCUACGACAACUUUGUUUCGUUAGUUGCAAAAUGUGUAUGGCAGAUAAGAGAUAAAGAUAAAAGAGGUAAAGUAUGGAACGAACAGAUAAGACCCGCUAUGUUUGAGAUGAAGAGAGCAAUUGACGCCUUAGUUGUUUUAGCAGGUAAGGUUUCAGAAUAUAACGCAAAAAUGAACCCGCAAUGUUCUAAAUGUAAAGCAGCAAUGAGGAAAUAUAACUACUCCGUCAAAGAGAUAGAACGUAUGCGAAACGACUAUGCAGAUUUAAAGAAAGAAGCAGAAAAACCAGCAGAAGAUAAAAUGGACAUGUUAGAAUUUCUGAACAAAAACUAUCCAACAGCAGAAGAUUUCCUUCUAUCUGACGUCAAGAAGAAAUAUAAAGAAACCUUCGGCAUUGUUAAAACAUUCGAUGUACUGACAGAAGAAAUAGAAGCUACGAAAUUGUUCAGGAUUUCAAAUAUACAUCGUACAAUUCAUGUAAAACGCUUAUAA